GCAAGUUCCUGGCUUCUCAAAACAAAAACAGCAAACAGUGGGUAUCUGUUGUCAGUGAAAGCUGAGAGAAGUGUUUAGCCUUCUGCUGCCUCGUCAUGGUGCUAAAGUCAUGUUGCGUUUACAGCGUCGGAGUUGUUUCUGUACUGAUGCUGAUUCUCGGCAUUUCGUUGGUUUUGACCAGCGUCUUUCCACAUUUAGUACAGUCGAUGGUUAAAAAGCAAGUCGUUCUGAAAAACGGUACAGAUGCGUUUGAGGCCUGGAAGGAUCCACCGGCACAUAUCUACAUGCAGUUUUACUUCUUCAAUCUCACAAAUCCCCAAGAGGUGUUGGAUGGGGAAAGGCCAGCUGUGGUGGAGAUUGGACCGUAUACAUACAGAGAGUACCGGCCUAUGGAGCAGAUUGACUUUCAGGAUAAUGGCACUAAAGUAACAGCUGUCAACAGUAAAACCUACAUUUUUCAGCAUAACAUGUCCCGAGGUCCAGAGAGUGACCUCAUCAGGACAGUUAAUAUCCCUGCCAUGACGGUGAUGGAAAGAUUCAAGGAUAAUUCUCUUGAAGCCAACUUGAUCUCUGCCUACAUGAGGGGCACCGGGGAAGGCCUUUUUACCACUCGUACAGUGGGAGAGCUGCUGUGGGGAUAUGAAGAUGGACUUCUUAAAGCUUUGAAAGUCCUUAGACCUGACCUGGAUGAUGUUUUUGGACUUUUCUAUAAGAACAAUGCUUCAAACGAUGGAGAAUAUGUGUUUUUCACUGGUCAGCAGAACAGCAGGGACUUUUCCAGAGUGGACACAUGGAAAGGUGAAAGCUCCUUGAAUUGGUGGACAUCUGAUGAGUGCAACAUGAUUAAUGGAACCAUUGGAACUUCUUUCCAUCCUGUAAUCACCAAGAAUGAUAUGCUCUACAUUUUCUCCUCUGAUCUGUGCAGGUCUCUGUAUACAGUGUAUGAGGAGGAUGUGACAGUGAAGGGGAUCACUGGGUAUCGAUUCGUUCCUCCCAGCUCAGUGUUCGCCAAUCUGACUGUGAACCCAGACAACGCAGGCUUUUGUGUGCCUGCUGGUAAUUGCCUGGGGUCUGGCCUGCUGAAUGUGUCUGUAUGUAAAGAAGGAGCUCCUAUCAUAAUGUCUUCACCACACUUCUACCAGGCAGAUGAGAAAUUUGCUCAGGAUAUAUUCGGAAUGACGCCAAACAAGGAAGAGCACCAGACUGCCAUUGAUAUCAAUCCGCUAACAGGAGUGGUUCUCCAAGCAGCCAAGCGACUCCAGAUUAACGUCUAUGUAGAGCAAAUUCCCAACUUCAGUCAAACGGGAAAUGUAAGGACAGUAGUCUUCCCUGUGGCUUAUCUGAAUGAGAGCGCCACCAUUGAUGACGCAGCAGCCAAGAAGCUAAAGGGGAUUGGUGUUCAGCAGAACGUUGUGGAGAACAUUCCCUUCAUGCUGAUUGGCCUGGCCAUCAUUGUGGGAGGAAUCUUCAUGUUGUUGGUGUGUCAACAGAAAGUCCCCGAGAGCACUACUGCUGAACGACAGCCCCUGCUCUCAUCGUAACAGCAAACAGGACAUGGAAGGAGGAAGAUUGCCUUGGUUGCAAUACAGUUCAAGGGGUUCAACCGUUAAUUGUCAAAUAACACUAAUACAAUGAUUUUCAUGUUUUAUUCUAUUUUCACAUUCAUGGUUUUAAGAAAAUGGGAAAAACCAAGCGGGGAAAACCAAGUGGGAAAAAAUAAUUGGGAAAAACUGUCUUCUUGUUGCAUUUGUUGCUAGGUUUGGAGGAUAAUGUCUUCAUUUCAAGUUGUAAUGAUGCUGAAAUCCACAUUUUUCAGUCAGUCUUAAAUUGAGCUUGUUUUUAUUUUAACUCCUAACUAUGGGAUUUUUGAAUUGGAAUAACAUGAGGUGAAUUAAACCCCUUAAACAACCCAGCUCUGAAUUAAUCAAACAUCCUGGAAGUGGGAAAAACACUGUGCUGCAAAGUGGCCAUAUAUGUGUGAGCUGUUGCUGCAUUUCUGAAUGUAAAAGACGUUGUGUCAAUCUGCAAGGCAACUGGCUAGAGCUUGAACAGUUACUAGAUUCCCAGACUAGUUUGGGGAUUCAGAGUUAGUUUUAAAAAGCAAGAAAAAAUAGUAUUAAGAAGCCAGGUUGGUUGUAUGUUAUAAUGAAGUGGAUGUAAAAGGUCAGGCUAGUAGUGCAGCCUGUUCGAAGUGCAGAUUACUUUGGGCUUGUCAUUCAGCCUUUUGGCUUCAGAUGCUAUGGCGAUGUGGUCUUGUUCAUUGUAAAAUGAUGUUCUGUGUUGUAGCCAAGCUCAGUAAUCUACAGUAUAUAUACAUGUGUGUCUAGUGUGUCCUCCUUGUGAUCCAAUCAGUAUUAAUCCAACACUGGCAGGAUAAAGCAAGGCCUUCUGCCUGUUGUGAAUGUCAAAUACGAUAUUAUUUCAGUAUUUGACAUUCAUUCAUUUUAAUUCCAGUACUGUCAUAAAUAUAUUAAUAUAAUUUCUACUGAUUAUGUUACUGAUUGCUGAAACCGGUGUAUGAAGCUUUGUAGUAGUGACACUGACAAAAACACAAACUUUUGAAGCACUUAGACUGAUUUUGUUUUCUCCCCAGGUUAACUUCUGUAGCAUUUUAUAACUUUAUUGAAGCAUUUUUUAAAAUAAACACAUUGUUUACCUAUUGGCCUAUGAAUUUUUAGAGCACUUAUGACUAAAUGUUGUUUUUCUGUCCAACGUUGCACACAGUUCUGCUAUAAUAUAGAUGUUUUUGCCAUUUCAGUGACUACUUUUCACUGACAAAAUCUCAUGUGUUGAAUUUCUUUUUUUGAGUGUGUGUAUGUUUGCUUUGUACCUAAAAGAGAACAUUGUUUACACUACUACUAUUACCUGGCAAAAUCAGCACUUAACUAUAAUCACGAUUUAUACACAAAUCUCUCAUUAGGUCACACAUCUGACAGUUUGCACGUUGUCAUUUGCUAUGACUCAACAAUAAACUUUCUGUGCUAUUCCCUGAA